AUGCCGCCAAAACGAAGAGCCCUGAUGGGCAGAAGUACAUCAGCAUCGAGAAGAAUGGCAGCGUCUCGAGCAGCUGAGAGUCCAGAACAAGGGCAGGUUCGAUGCCAGGAAGAUCGGACAAGGCAUGCGGCCUGCAGAACAGCUGAGACUCCGAAACAGAGACGCAAUCGGGUCGAUGAUCAGCGUACAAGACAAGCAGCUGAGACUCCAGCACAGAGACAGGUUCGACGUGAGGAAGAUCGGACAAGGCAUGCGGCCUCCAGAGUAGCCGAGACUCCGGCGCAUAAGCGGACUCGAAGUGAAGAUAAAUAA